GCACAGUAUUUCCUCUCUUUACUGGCUAGAGCAAAUUCAACCAUGAAAACCAGUACUCUUCUCGCGUGCUGUGUGUCAGCUGCAUCUGCCGCUUUCGACUUGAAUCGUGGGGGCGCGGUACUCAAAGUGCCUCAAGGAGACUCGUUUGCCAGCGUAACAGGCACCUUCACAGUACCGAAUUUAUCGGGUAGCAACCGACUCUCGAUCUGGGUUGGCAUUGGGGAUACACUUGAACAGGAGAACGUGCUCGGCGGUGGCAUCGUGUACAACAGUACGCUCAGAAGCUUCUCCGCAUACUUCCCCGGUCCAGUGACAGAUACCACUUCGACGGUUCCUGUUGCCAACGGUAACUCCAUCACCGUGACAGUUAGUGUGGCUACUGCAGGAGGUACUGUAACAAUUGAAAAUAAGACGCAAAACAGGAGGACGACACAAACUCUCGCAGCUCCUAAUGGGGUGGAUCCAUCCUCUCUGACUGCACUGGCGGCAAACUGGUUCGUACAGGCGUACCAGGUGAUCCCGGGUCAGCUCGUGGCAACACCGAAUUUUGGGACAAUAUCGUUUACGGCAGUUUCGGCGACUACCAAGAGCGGUGCGAAUGUCCCAAUCUCUGGCGCAGGUCGAUAUGAGAUACAAGGAACCAGUGGACAGAUGUAUUCGAAGACAACGAUAUCGAACACUGGUAUCUCCGUGCAGAGACAGGCGUAG